AUGAGAGGAAUGGGAUGGACGUUCGGCGGCAAAAAGCAGACGACGGCACUUCGAGAAACGUAUGCCACGAUUUCCUCCGUGAUGGAGCGACGUCUUCCUGUUCUUCGUGGCAAUUCAUCACGCCAACAAAUUCCUUCACUCGUUGCCAACCUCGUUCCGAUCGACUUGCGACAACUUCGAACAACGCUCAACACGCGCAUGUUUAUCUGCCCUACUUAG